AUGUUUUGGAGGUUCGGCUUCUCGUCGGUCUCGACGCUAGAGACGCUGCUCGACAAACCCAACGUCACGCUCGAGGAUGUCCUCGACGAGGACGACGUGCUCCAAGAAUGCAAGACAGCCAAUCAGAAGCUCAUGAACUUUCUCCAGCAACCACGAAUCGUCAAGCGUUUAAUGGAACAUGUCGUCGGCACCGCAACCGUUGGAGGCGCGGGAGGCAAAGAAUGGGAGGAAAAAGUCAAGUUCAAGUAUCCAUACGUCGCUUCUGAGGUGCUCAGCUGCAGCGAAGUGUGGCCCAUCAUUGAUGCCAUCUUUUCGGAUCCAAACGAGUACCUCGUGCCCUUCUGGAAUGCCGUACUCACCUCGAAUCCAUCGCCCUCGCAAGCACCUUUGCCCAUGCACUCGCAUCCUCUGUUUGCCGAAAAUGCCGCAUCGUCGUCCACCAACUCCUCGGCGUCCACCUCACCCUCCCCGCAUCUUAGCAUCACCAACUUCACCGACUUUUCCAACUCGGCUUCCGCCAACGCUGGCAGCUCGCGUUCGUCAUCUGACUCGGAGGCCGAAGGGGAAGGGAGGCUGCGAGCCACCAGCGCUCUCGAAAACGGACCAGGACGCGGUGUGCUUGCCGGCUACUGGGCCAAGGUCAACGGCGCCUACCUCGAACGCAAGCCUAUCGAGAUGCUCGAGUUCAUCAAGGAGCAGCCUCGCAUCGUGGAACGCUUUGUGGCGCAUCUCGAGACGCCGGCCGUCGUCGACCUGCUCUUCCGCAUCAUCCAGAUGGAGGAAACUAUGCGCACUCCCGUACAGACGACCGACAUCAUCGACUGGCUCUCAUCGCAAGACUUGAUAGCUCGCACCGUCGACCUCCUCGCACCAAAUUACUCCGUCGACAUUCACAACACGGUUUCGGAGCUGCUCAAAGCGAUCAUCGCCCUCUCUGCUCCUUCGCCUGCCGCACUCAAUCAGGGCCAGGGUCCUGAGCUCGGUGGUGGGUUGGGUGAAGCGCAAGAGAACGCAGCCGGCAUCAACAACCGCCUCGUGCGCGAACUUGCAAGCGAGCCCAUCGUGCGCAAGAUGGUCGGAUAUAUGCUGGAUUCGCAGCUGCCUCGUCAGUUGCAUCGUCGUCUCACGGAUGUGGCCGAUGAGCAGCUAUCGCAGUUGUCGGUGCAAGAUCUUCGCAAACCAUCGCAGCGACGGGACGGUUCGCUGUCCACUCUUGACGAGAAUGCCGUGUCGUCGUCGGCAUUAGAAGACGAUGACGAUGACGACGACGAGUCUUUUGCACGACCUCUGAACCCUCGCGAAUUUCCUGCUUCCGAAUCACGCUCGCCUGGGAAGUUCGACCAUCGAGAUUCGACAGCGACCGUCCGCCCUGAUAAUCUCUUCCCGCCCGUUGCAGCACCGACAGUGCCCAUCACAGCCGAGACCUGCAGUUCGACGUUAGUGACGUGCAUCGGCGUCUUCAUCGAGCUCAUCCGCAAAAACAAUAGCGACUACUUUGAGCAACACCUCCUCCGCACCCUGCACAACCAUCUCGUCAAGAGGCAGAGCGAGCUGACAGAGAAGCGGCUCAAGAAGAAGGAGGACGAGGAAGCUGCCAAGGCACAGGCCACAUCGCAAGAAGACGAGGCCGCUGACUCGACGCACACAGAGAAGCAAGACGACGAGCAGUCGGCCCAGAAAGCGAUGGAUGAUUUGGACGAAGAAGAGGAAGACGUGCAGGGCAUGGAGGAGGCGAUGGCUGAGAUCGUCGACAAGAUGGGCCUCGUUCAUCUUGGGCCGAUGCUUCGCGUACUAGCCGAGCGACUCUUUGACUUCCAGCAGCUUGUCAACGAGCCCCGAGAGCGCGAUGUCACUGUGCCAACUUCGGUGGGAGACGUCGCUCCGCUCACUUUUGAAAGGUAUCGCAUCACCGAGCUGUACGCCGAAUUGCUUCACUGCUCCAACAUGGCUCUGCUCAACCGUGCACCUGGUGAAGGGCCACAGUAUUCUGCCGAUGGCGUCCUGACUGGGGGCCUUGAAGGGCUCCAGACACUUGCGAGAACACUGCAGGGAGGUGAUGGACCCGAAGUUGGAGACACGUCUGCUGGUGGUGAAGCGCAAGUAGCGCAGGAAGCCGGUGGGCUGGACGCAUCGCGCGAGACCACUGCAAAUGCUGCAUCCGAGAACGCAGCGGAGACCGGCGCCUCGACGACGUCUCACAUCUCAGCGCAUGGCCGCGACAAAUCGAGCACAGGAGCCUCGACCGAUUCGACGGACGAGGCGGAUGACGAGGCUCUCCUCAACGAAGUCUCUCUCGGCGACAAGGCCAGCUCCAUUGCCGACGACAGCAUUGUCGAUGCGCAACGCGAUGCUGACGAGAAGAGCCCUUACGGCGGAAGCCCAAAGGUGACGACGAGCGACUCGCUGGAGGAGGACAAGGAUGAUGCUGCGUCCAUCCGCUCUGCGCUCUCGGGGCUGUCUCUGGCUGAGUUGACGGCACCGAGACUCUCGGGCCCUCCCAGUCCGAUCGAUGAAGCCAAGGACUACGUUGUCGGCGACAUGCUCAAGAGGAAGUUCCUCGAGUGCGGCAUUCUGCCAUCGCUGCUCGACCUGUUCUUCGACUAUCCCUGGAACAACUUCCUGCACAACGUUGUGUACGAUAUCCUACAGCAGUGCUUCAACGGCCGCAUGGAUGUCGGCCUCAACAGGAAUCUCACUGUCGCGGUUUUUGACCAGGGACAGCUCACCUCGCGCAUCGUAGAGGGCCGCAAACGCAACGAAACGUCUGUUGCGGGUCCGCGCCGCAUCCGUCUCGGAUACAUGGGUCACAUGAACCUCAUCGCCGAAGAGACGGUCAAGCUUCUGGAGCGCUACCCACUCGAGAUUGCUCGUUCGGUGGAAGCAUUCACGGAGCGCGACGAGUGGCGCCAAGUGGUGUCGGAGACGCUGGAGGAGAUUCGGGAGAAGGAGGGUGGACCGCUUGCGUUCAACCGCGGACACGAGGGGAUGUCGAUGUCGUUUGGCUCGGAUGCGGAAGAUGAUGGAGAUGACGGUGGUAUUGGUGGAGCGGGAAGCAGCAGCUUUGCCAGCUACUUGUCGUCUCAGAUCGGCGGCGCUGCUGGCUCGGAUGACGACGACAGCGAUGACGAGGCGUCGUGGCUGUCGAGCGAGAUGAAGCGCGGCGGCAAGGACGGCAGCGGCUUUGACGAUGCUUUCACACCGAGGCACGGAUCGGGUGGUGGCGGCGGCGAGCUGGGCGACGAUGACGAGGACGAUGACUGGGGACCGUUUGCGGAUCCUAGCGAUGCUACUGUCGGUGCGAGUGCCACGCAGAGCUUCGACUUUACGUCGUCGGCUGGGGGUAGCGCGGGUGCUGGAAGCAGCAACUCGAAUCCGUUUGCUGAGAACUUGACGCCUGCUGACUGGUCGGCGCAGUUCCGAAGGGAGUACCACGAGGAGGAGCGCACGGGUGGAGAGCAGGACGAAGACGAUUCCGAAGAGGGUGAGGAGGAUCGUGAGGACGACGAGGAGGAGAACAACGCUGCUCAGCAAGGCUCAGCGCUCAGCUCGAGCCCGUUGUCGCCGACAGCCCUCGAGGCAGCUUUGGCGGCUACGGGCUCCGACGUGGUGAGCAAGGCACACGCACGCCGACCUUCGCUCGGCCACCUCGAAGCGGCUGAUCUCAGCGGCAGCGGAGAAAGUGGUGCAGCGAACCGUCGACGUGGAUCGCUGGGUUCUGCCGGCCCCGAGAUUGCCGAAGUGACCAACGCAGAGGAUCCGCUCGGACCGGGGAUUUCGAUGACCGUCUCGCAGACAGAGGAGGGCAAGCUGCAGAGGACGCUGGCAGAUGGAACGGUGGUGGUCGUGCCGCUGGACGAGGUUGCGCUCGGUGCGGGCGAGGGGUCGCUGUGA